GAUGUGAACUUUGAGGACGUGGCCAUUGCCUUCUCUGAAGAGGAGUGGGUGAUCCUGGAUGAUGCUCAGAGACUUCUGUACCAGGAUGUGAUGCUGGAAGUGUUUGCCCUUGUAUCAUCUGUAGGUUGUUGGCAUAAAAUGGAAGAUGAGGAGGCCUCUUCUGAUCAGCAAGUAUGUAGACAAGGCAAGUUACAGGUCCGGACUUCUAAGACAGCUCAAGACACCCAUAAGAACCAUCUCUGUAAGCGGUGUUUCUCUCUGUUGCAACAUAUUUUGCACCCGACUGGGUCACAUGCAGCGUACUUUGAGCAGAAAGCCUUCUGUAGCGACGCAUGUGUUGGAGAAUUCUGUUUCAGUGUAAACCCUCACCAGCAACAAAAGAAUGAAUGUGGAGAGGGGCCCUGGAAAGAAGCUAUGGACGGGACCUCUUUUGUGAGCAGGUGCAGCUUCUCCUUACCUUCGGUGCCUUCAACCAGCAGGGAGGUUGGGGAAGACUUGCAAUCCAAGUCAGAGCUUCCCCAGCACCAGGCCACUCUCAACACUGAGGAGCUACCCUGUAGCAGUGAGAUUUCACAGGAAUUUCUCCGUGGAAAAAGUCAUCACCGGUGGGAUGAAUGUGGAAACGCUGCCAGCCACAACCUGAAAGUUGUUCAGUGUGAGGGUGUGUGUUCUGGAGAACUGAUUUAUGAGUGUAACAAAUGUAGGAAAGUGUUUAUACGAAACUUGAACGUCAUUCGACAUAGAGUUCACACUGGAGAAAAGCAGUAUCAGUGUAAUGAAUGUGGGAAGUUCUUCAGAAAAAGACCUUCACUUGUUAGACACCAGAGAGUUCACACUGGAGAGAAGACAUAUGUGUGCAAACAUUGUGGGAAGUCUUUCAGUUACAACUCUAAGCUCAAAAAACACAACAGAGUUCACACAGGAGAAAAGCCGUAUAAGUGCAGUGAAUGUGGGAUAUCCUUUCGUCAGAAGACCCACCUCAUGGAACACCUCAGAGUUCACACUGGACUGAAACCAUAUGAGUGCAGACAUUGUGGGAAAUCCUUCAGCUCCAAGUCUAACCUCAAACAACACAACAGAGUUCACACAGGAGAAAAGCCAUAUAAGUGCAGUGAAUGUGGGAUGUCCUUUCGUACAAGGACUCAGCUCACUAGACACCUCAGAGUUCACACCGGAGAGAAGCCGUAUGAGUGUAGAGAAUGUGGGAUGUCCUUUCGUACAAGGGCUCAGCUCAAUGUACACCUCAGAGUUCACAGUGGGGAGAAGCCAUAUGAGUGUAGGGAAUGUGGGAAAUCCUUCCGUUACAGGUCUAACCUCAGACAACACAACAGCGUUCACACUGGAGAAAAGCCAUAUAAGUGCAGAGUAUGUGGGAUGUCCUUUCGUAGAAAGGCUCAGCUCACUGUACACUUCAGAGUUCACACUGGACUGAAACCAUAUGAGUGCAGACAUUGUGGGAAAUCCUUCAGCUCCAAGUCUAACCUCAAACAACACAACAGAGUUCACACAGGAGAAAAGCCAUAUAAGUGCAGUGAAUGUGGGAUGUCCUUUUGUACAAGGACUCAGCUCACUAGACACCUCAGAGUUCACACCGGAGAGAAGCCGUAUGAGUGUAGAGAAUGUGGGAUGUCCUUUCGUACAAGGGCUCAGCUCAAUGUACACCUCAGAGUUCACAGUGGGGAGAAGCCAUAUGAGUGUAAGGAAUGUGGGAAAUCCUUCCGUUACAGGUCUAACCUCAGACAACACAACAGCGUUCACACUGGAGAAAAGCCAUAUAAGUGAAGAGAAUAUGGGAUGUCCUUUCGUAGAAAGGCUCAGCUCACUGUACACCUCAGAGUUCACACUGGACAGAAACCAUAUGAGAGCAGACAUUGUGAGAAAUCCUUCCAUUACAGGUCUAACCUCAGACGACACAACAGCGUUCACACAGGAGAAAAUCCAUAUAAGUGCAGAGAAUGUGGGAUGUCCUUUCGUAUACGGGAUCACCUCACUGUACACCUCAGAGUUCACACUGGAGAGAAGCCACAUGAGUGUACUGAAUGUGGGAAGUCUUUUAGCCGAAAAGCCUACCUUAAUAAACAUCUGAGAGUUCACACUGGAGAGAAGUGUUAAAUGUGCAGGGAAUGUUUCCUUUUAUUCACUUAGAAUAACAACAAUGAAGGAGACUCUUUGCGACCUAUUUUCCUGAAUUUAAACCCCUUUUAAUGGAACAUACACUCUUCUAGAUUCCUCAUGUUUCCAGUACAGGUGAAGCUUAAACGAGGUGCAUUGCACUUUGUAACAUGCCCAGGUCUUCUACCUGAUUGAUUUGUGCCUGAAGAGAUUUCCCCUCUACCACCUGGCUGACCUGAAGAGUGUGUAUCAGUCCCAACCACUGCGUGCUCAGGGGAAAUGUAUUUUGUGUUGUCACUUGUGCUUGAGAACAUUAGGAACCCUCUGCUCCU